AUGCAGGCCUGCGUGGUGCCAGGGCUAGCCCUCUGUCUCCUGCUGGGGAAUCUUGCAGGGGCCAAGCCUGUUCAGGAGGAGGGAGAUCCCUACGCGGAGCUGCCAGCCAUGCCCUACUGGCCUUUCUCCACCUCUGACUUCUGGAACUACGUGCAGCACUUCCAGACCCUGGGGGCUUACCCCCAGAUUGAGGACUUGGCCCGUACCUUCUUUGCUCACUUCCCCCUAGGGAGCACCCUGGGCUUCCAUGUCCCCUAUCAGGAGGACUGA